UCCACCCAGAGGCCAAUGGUGUGUGUAUGGGGACAGGGGCAUCCAGUGGCAGAAGUGCCCCUUCUCCAGGACCAAAGAACGGGUGGGAGAAGGAGGGGGUCCAUUUCCUGAAUCCUACUCCUCAGACUCAGCAUCCAGACCAGAACCGGGAAGGAUUUUGGGAGCCAGAGAGAAGGACAGAGAGACGGACAGGCAGACAGACGCUUCUCUCUCCUCCUGCUCAGUCAGUUCAGGAGGGUGGGGACAAGUGUGAGGAGACCACGGGGACUGAACCUGUUGAGUGGAAUGGGGACCCUCUGGAGCCAGGAGAGACCUCCAGAAGAGGGGCAAUCCACUGAACAGAGCAGAUGGUGGGCCAUGGCCAGACGGCUGAUAAUGGCUGUCCUGCUUUUAGGCCUACUCCUUGGUUCUUCUGUCCUUUUGUUCUACAUCUUCCGGAGCUGUGGACCUCGUCCCUGUGAGAUGCCCAUGUGUUGGCAUCUCCUGGAUCAUUACCUGGCCUCUGGGAACACCAGUGUGGCACCCUGCACUGACUUCUUCAGCUUUUCCUGUGGAAAGGCCAAGGGAACCAGUAAUUCUUUUCAGGCCCUUGCUGAGGAGAACAAGAGCCGACUUCGGAGAAUAUUGGAGACCCCAGGAUCCUGGCAUCUGGGGUCUGGGGAGGAGAAAGCCUUCCAGUUCUACAACUCCUGCAUGGACACAAGUGCCAUUGAGGCUGCAGGGGCUGGUCCCCUCAGACAAGUGAUUGAGGAGCUUGGAGGCUGGCGAAUCUCUGGUAAUUGGACUUCCUUAGACUUUAACCGAACUCUGAGACUUCUGAUGAGUCAGUAUGGUCACUUCCCAUUCUUCAGAGCUUAUCUGGGACCUCAUCCCCACCCUCCACACACGCCAGUCAUCCAGAUAGACCAGCCAGAGUUUGACAUCCCCCUCAAGCAAGAGCAGGAACAGAAGAUCUAUGCCCAGAUCGUGCGGGAAUACUUGACUUACCUGAAUCAGCUGGGAACCUUGCUGGGAGGAGACCCAGACAAGGUGCAAGAACAUGCCUUCUUGUCCAUCUCCAUUACCUCACAACUGUUCCAGUUUCUGAGGCCCCUGGGGCGGCAGCAGGCACAGGGGAAGCUCUUCCAGCUCAUCACUAUAGACCAACUGCAGCCUUUGUGUCCCUCUUCUAAGGAAAUGGCCCCUGCCAUCGACUGGUUGUCCUGCCUCCAAGCAACAUUCACACCAAUGUCCCUGAGCCCCUCCCAGACCAUCGUGGUACAUGACCUGGAUUAUUUGAAAGACAUGUCACAACUGGUGGAAAAACAGCUGUUGAGCCACAGGGACUUUCUGCAGAGCCACAUGAUCUUUGGGCUGGUGGGGACCCUUUCUCCAGCCCUGGACAGUAAAUUCGAGGAGGCACACAGAUCCCUGAACCAGAAACUGUGGGAGCUGACGGAACGGCCACCUGUGCCCGCCCACCCUCGAUGGAUGAAGUGCGUGGAGGAUACUGGAGACUUCUUUGAGCCUACCCUGGCAGCCUUGUUUGUUCGUGAGGCCUUCAGCCCAAGCACCCGAAGUGCUGCCAUGGACUUAUUCACUGCCAUCAAGGAUGCCCUCAUCACCCGCCUCAGAAGGGUUCCCUGGAUGGAUGAGGAAACCCGGAAAAAGGCCCAGGACAGGGUCACCCAGCUGCAGGUGAAGAUGGGGGGCCCAGAAUGGGAACCAGCGCUGGCCAGACAGAAAUACAGUGAUGUACACCUCGGACCCAGCUUCCUGCAGUCCUUCCUGAGUGGUAUUCGAUCCCGCCAAGCUAGAAUUGUCCAUAGCUCCUUGCAGCCUUUUCUCCACCACAGGUGGCAGGUGUCCCCCUGGAGGGUCGAUGCUUACUAUUCAAUAACUGACCAUGUAGUGGUCUUCCCAGCUGGACUCCUCCAACCACCAUUCUUCCAUCCUGCCUACCCCAGGGCCGUGAACUUUGGCGCUGCUGGCAGCAUCAUGGCCCGGGAGCUGUUGCACAUCUUUGACCAGCUCUUACUCCCUGGGGGCUGCCCAGCCUGUGAUACCCAUGCCCUAGAGGGGGCGCUGCUGUGUCUGGAGCGCCACUAUGCUGCCUUUCCAUUAUACGGUGUAACUUCCUUCAAUAGCUCCCACAGGGUACUGGAGAAUGCUGCAGACAUGGGGGCGUUGGCAAUGGCACUGCAGGCAUACAACAAGAUGCUAUUAUGGCACCGUGGGGAGACCACCCUGCCCAACCUAGGCCUCACCCCCCAGCAACUCUUCUUCCGAAGCUAUGCCCAGGUGAUGUGUAGCAAGCUCAGCACACAGGAUUCUCAGGACACUCACAGCCCUCCCACCCUUCGAGUCCAUGGGCCCCUCAGCAACAUUCCAGCUUUUGCUAGACAUUUCCACUGUCCACGUGGUGCCCUCCUGAACCCCUCAGAACGCUGCCAACUCUGGUAACCUGGCUACCAAAGAGACCUCAAUGCACAUAUAUCAAUAUCUCCCUGCCCCAUCCAUGGAAUCAGGGUGAUGUCUCCUCUCUUCUUUUCCAAAAAUAAAAUCUGGCACUUGGCUUC